AUGUCUCUUUCCGAAACUAUGAUGACUUAUGCUGCUCGGCUGGACUCUUUUACAGCACCGCAACCCAUUCCAAAGAGGCGUGCGUCAAAUACAAAAACGCAAAAGACGGUUACCUGGCCUCACAGCAGCCCAAGUCCCGCGGAGCUUGCUAGAGCUGGCUUCUUCUACCGCCCAACAGCGUCAAGUCCGGACAAUGUUGCCUGUUUCCUGUGUCAUAAAGCCCUCGAUGGCUGGGAAAGUGAAGAUGAUCCUUUGGCGGAACACCUCCAUCAUUCACCGGAUUGUGGUUGGGCCAUCAUCCUAGCUGUUGCUCGACAAACUGAGCAUAAUGAGGACAAAGAUGACCAUCCAGGCUCGUCAAGGUUGAAGGAAGCGCGAAAAGCGACUUUCCAAGGAAGCUGGCCGCACGAGAAGAAACGCGGAUGGGUCUGCAAGACUGAGAAGAUGGUAGAUGCCGGGUGGUAUUACUGUCCGCUCCCCGAAUCUGAGGAUUUUGUUUCCUGCGCUUACUGUGGCUUGUGUCUGGACGGUUGGGAACCGAAAGAUAACCCUUACAAUGAGCACAAACGUCGAUCGCCCGAGUGCUCUUUCUUUUCCUUUCCAACUCUCUCCGCCCCUGCAAAGCCAGCUACUCGUGCUAAAAAAGGUCGCGCAUCAAAGGCGGCUCGUGCAUCCAUACAGUCCAACAUAUCGUACGCCUCACUAGCACCUUCAAUCACCGAUGUGGAAGCCGCCGAAGACGACAGCUUUGUCUCAUCCGGCACAACCACUUCGAAGACCACAUCAAAAGGGAAAUCCCGAAAAAAGGGCUCAAAAGGUUCCGUUAUAGCAAAGACCAAACCUUCCGAUGAGGCGAUAACCAGCGAAGACGGCAUUUCAAAGCCGGCACAAAGCGAAAUUUCCAACAGGGUGGUUGAGACCUUGCAAGGCAAUGAAGCGUCUGUUACGCCACCUCAAUCAGCUAGACUGAAAAAGCGCACCAGCGACGAAAUGAGCAUGGACGAACCGCAUGCCUCAGUAGAGUCGGAAAGGGAAGCAACUCCUGAUGCACUUCCUGCUGCAAAGCGAAGAUCUACAAGGGAAAGUCAUAAUUCAAUCUCUCCGCACCAAUCCUCACCAGCAAUCAUACGACAAGCGGAUUCGCCUUCUAACCCAGCCGAUAUUUCAGAUGUUGCUCUUCCAGAUCAUUCAGGCGAGGGUGGUGCACUUGACGAACCCGAUGAUCUGCAGGAUUUCUCUCCUAGAGAAAAACCUACCUUGACGAAAAAUAUAGAGAAUGACAGCCUGCCAGACCAACCAUAUGGAUCAGGAAAAAAAACCCCUCCACGCUCUUUGUCGCCAGGAUCACAUUCCACCAAAUCCAAAGGAUCGUCACCCUUGACAUUAGACAACGCAAAUCAACUAUCAGUCCGUCAAAAUCACAAAACCGAUCAAAAGUUAGAAAGUUCGGCAUUUUUGGGUGACGGAGAAAAGGAUAUGCAUCCGCAGCACUCUCUGCCUGAAACACAAGGUCAUCUUGCAACUGAGGUUGACACAGGAAAGGAUCAACUUCAGCAACAGAAUGAUACCUCUGAAAAUAGAAAUACAGAAGAUCGUCACCCCGCAGUUUCAGCAUCCGAAAAUGAUACCAAAAAGACGACUUCUGUGGUAGACCAAGCUCCCCUUUCACAGGCGAGUCCUUCCGGUUUAGAACUUAGUAGGCUUGAAGAGCGCAUUUUGUCCUCUCCUGACGACCGGCGCAAUCCGUCACCGGAUCCGUCAGAACUGGAGCAUCAUGAUUUACACUCGUCAGAUGCCGAAAACCGACCCCCAUCAUCAAAACCACCACAGAGAACACGUGUGGCAUUUGCUCCCAGCACACCAACAUCUGUCCGUCGCGGCAAGGCUGCUAUCAGCGCAGUCCUCAGAACCGAGCGCCCCUGGAAGCCGGCCGACAUUGAGCAGAUUUUACUAGGAGUGCCUGGUAUUUGGGCCAAUAACGACGGUGUCAUGAACGUUGAAGACGCCCUCGAACGAGUCGAAGCCGAUUUGACAGGUCCAGAGAAGAUGAUGACCGUCGAGGAAUGGAUCUCUGUGCAGGCUGGCAAGGCGGAGGAAAAGUUGAAGAACGAGUGUGAAGGAAUGGUGAACAUGUUCGAAUCCCACGGCAUGCAGGCGCUGCGAUCGAUCGAAGGGAUUGAAUGCAUUGAUUAG